AUGAUUACGGAGUUGAUCAACAUUUUUAUACAGUCUUAUGUCCUGCACAACAGCUACGAGCAUCUGUCCGCCAAUGUGGUGUUCGUCUUGACAUACGGUGUGCUGCUCCUUCAUGACAGCACCAGGUACCUCCCAUUCCCCAAGGGCACGCUGCAUGUACUCACAUCAGUGCCAUACAUUAGUGCAUCAGUCAUGUUUUUCUUCCACUCCACGGGGCACAACGGCCCCAUCGAGGCCCGCUACCACAUCUUCCUCGUCCUUCUCAUCUCAGCCACUGCCCUCACGCUGCUCCUCACCGCCGCCUUUCCCAGAAGCUUCCUCCUGGAUACGAUUUCGAAUUUGGGAAUUAUACUUCAGGGCGCAUGGUUGUUGGUGACGGGUGCUUCACUGUAUGGCUACAUGCAGCCCUCGCACUGCCACACCGAUCCCACAGACCAGGAUUACAAGCUGAUUUGCGAGGAGCACAUGUGGGAGCACGUGGGGCUCGCGUUUGCUUAUGUGCACUUGGCAAUGCUCGUCUGCCUUGUAUUGGUGCUCGCUGUGGGGUUCUAUGCGCUUGCUGCAUGGAAUGCUCCCAGCAGCUCCAUUGACUUCAUCCUUGGCACAGAUGCUCCUGCGGAUAGCAGAAACCGGAGCGGUGCUUUUGUCACUUCCGCUGCUGCGAGUGCUGUGGUUCAUCCAUGGAAUCCUGAAGGGGCUGAAGUUGGCAAGAGAGGUCAAGCCAUGCCCGUGGCUGCUGCUAUCGUGAACGUGGAAGGCGAAGUUGCAAGCUUGCUUGGAGACAAGGAACGCCGCGUGAAGACUGCCAUAUAA